GCAGACAGCUCACGGUAUGCAGCGCGCCUGCAUUGACAAUUCACACUGGCGCGCACCUGUUAAUAACCAAGUCUAAGCCAUGUCACAAAAAAGGAUUUAUCCCUCUGGUGCCGAAAAAAGAAAAAAGAAAAGGAAAGAGGAAGAGAAAAAAGAGCAAGAUAAAGGAACACUAUUGAAGUACUUUGGAGAACAACCAACUUUACCUGCCCCUACUGUUUCGAGUGUCAGUGCCUCCACAGCUGAUGAUGCAGCAGGUUCAUCCACUGCACAAGCGACAUCAAGGGAGGAGCACUUACAUGUGACUGAAAGCGAGGAGCAGUUACAAGCACCUACAUUUACUGAUCCACUGGUUUCAAACUCAGCCGGCAUGACAGGUCCUUCUACAUCUGCACCCACUGCUAUAGAUUUCCCAUCUACUGCCUCAACAAGCUCCAGCUAUCAAGAUGGAUCAACAGCUCCUCCAAUAGACCCAGCUGAAUGGUCAGCAUUCCUCUCAGAUUCAGAAAGGACUGAUCUGGUAAGAAGAGGGCCAGCGCCAAUCAGUGACACCUCUACAUUCCCCAAGAGAUCAGAUGGACGAAGCUUUCACUACCACUAUACAUACAGACAAUUAGUUAAUGGGGAAAAAAUCAAGCGAAGCUGGCUAAUUUAUUCAAAGAAAAGUGAUGCAGUUUACUGCUUCUGUUGCAAAUUAUUUUCAAGAAAGUCCACAAAGCUGUCAUCAGAGGGACUGUGUGAUUGGGUAAAUGUAGGUGCUUUGCUGAAACAGCAUGAAAAUAGUCAAGAUCAUUGCAAUAAUAUGGUAAAGUGGAAAGAUUUUGCCCUCCGUCUUUCUAAGCAGAAGACUAUUGAUGCAACAGAAAUGGCCCUUUUGGAUGCAGAAAGAAAUCGUUGGAGAGAUGUUCUUAUCCGUUUGAUUAGUAUCAUUCAGUCUUUGGCAGAGAGAAAUCUUGCACUCAGGGGGUCUGUUGAUACUUUGCAUCAGGCCAACAAUGGGAACUUCCUUAAAGAGGUGGAACUGAUGGCAAAAUUUGACCCUGUGUUAAAAGAUCACAUCAGACGAAUUGAUAGUGGAAUGCAGCACAACACGUACCUGGGUAAGACUAUCCAGAAUGAGCUGAUAGUGUGUCAGUGACAAAAUAAUUGAGGUAAUGGUGGCAGAAAUCAAGGACUGCAAAUAUUAUUCAAUAAUUUUAGACUGUACACCUGAUGUUAGUCACCAUGAACAAAUGUCUGUUGUGGUGCGCACAGUCACUCUGGGCACAACACCAGAAAUAAAAGAGCACUUUUUAGGAUUUCUGAUAGCUCCAGAAUCCACUGGCCUGGG